UCUACCCAUCCUUUUCCCCCUUUCUCUCUCUAACCUCUGAACCAGUCUCUCUUUCUCUCUCUACACUGCUGGUUGUGCAGCACCCGUCCCCGCAACAAACCCAAAACUUGAGUUCUUUAAGACAUCACCUCCCUCUCUCUCUCUCUCUCUCUCUACCCUGAAAUAAAUCUCUCUCUCUCUCUCUUUCACAAUCAGUAUUUCCAGUGAGAGAGAGGGCCCCCUCUUCAUAUGAACCAUGGCUGGUGUGCUUGAUUUCCUGAAAGCCUCAUUUUCAUGGGUUAUUCUGGGUUUUAAACAUAGGUGGGAUGUGGGUUUUUAGGGCUCAUGCACUUUGAUUUCUCAUCUCAUUUGCAGAGAUAGAGUUACUGCUUCUUUGUAGGGUUUCUUUGCCUGUAGCCAUUGGAGAUUAUGAAAUGGCUUACAUGUGUGCAGAUAGUGGAAAUCUAAUGGCGAUUGCGCAACAAGUGAUACAGCAGAAGCAGCAGCAACAACAGCAGCAGCAGCAGCAGCAAAUCAAUGGCGGAGGGAAUGGGGGUUUUGCCCUAAACCCCUGGUCCCACCACUCUGGGUUCUUAAACCCUAGGUUACCGAACGACGGAGCUGGAUUCGGUUCGGCCUCUGCCACCGCCAUGGGUUUCUCUGAUGGCUAUGGUGGUGGUGCUGCUGCCGUGGAGGCAGAGCCGCCGGUGCUCAUUUACCCACCUCUGGAGCAGGAACGGCCGGGGGGGCUCCAUAUGUGGCCUGAGCAUCGGAAUGGGCUCAGGUCGCCUAUUCCUUUUAAGCUCUCGGAUUUGCAUUUGCAGGGGCUCAGUAGUGGCGGUGCUGGAUUCGAAGGGGAUGAGUGGAUGGAGUGCUUGAUGGGCGAUUUCCAUGGAGUCGAGAGUGGUGGAAGCCUGAGAUCAUGCUUCGAGAGUGGCCCCUGCGAGUCCACGGAGAGCUCGGAGCUCCCAAGCACAGGCGAGCCGUGGCGAGCGGACUUCUCCGCCAUUAUUUCGGAGCCCCCAUUUGCUCAAACCCUCUCUCCACCGUUGGAGACCAAGGCCAACAUCAUCUCUGAACAGCAACAACAAAACCCUAACUUUCCCACGGCAACACUGCCUCAACCAAUUCAGCCAUGGCAACCGGAGGCAGUGCCAUCAGCCGAGUGCCGGAAGCCACCGGACGGCCGCUCUAUGCCGCCACUGGUGAACAGGGAUCCCCCACCGCCACCGCUGCUCCUAUCACUUGUGGAUGCAGCACGGACUGUUCACUCUGAUCCUGGCCAUGCUGCAGCCUCCCUGGCGGAGCUUCGGCGAUCUGCACCAGAUUCGGGGAGCCCGACUGAGCGAUUGGUGUCCUAUUUUGCGGAGGCCCUGAUUGAGCGCCUCGACCCGACGGGCCAUCCAGUUGCCCAGUUUUCAGCAGAGGAGUCCACCCUUUGUUACAAAGCCCUGAAUGAUGCUUGCCCUUUCUCUAAAUUUGCUCAUCUCACUGCAAAUCAAGCUAUCUUGGAGGCCAUGGAAACUGCUGAUUCUAUACAUAUUGUAGAUUUCGGCAUAGUUCAGGGGGUCCAGUGGGCAGCACUUUUGCAGGCCCUGGCGACUAGGCCAGCCGGAAAACCAGCCAAGAUCCGGAUUUCUGGCAUCCCAGCACCGAGCUUAGGCUCGAACCCCGCCCCCUCCCUCGCCGCCACCGGUAACCGGCUGUGUGACUUUGCGAAGCUCCUGGAACUCAACUUCGAGUUCUCGCCUGUGCCCUGCUCGAUCGAGGAUGUCAUGGAGGGGGAUCUCCGCCGCGCUGAUGGAGAAUUCGUGGCCGUCAACUUCAUGCUCCAGCUCCACCGCCUGGUCGACGAAAAGAUGGAGAAGGUCGCGAGGGCGUUGCGGGUUGCAAAGGCCCUGAAACCGAAAGUUGUCACUCUCGGGGAGUAUGAAUUGGGCUUGAACAGAGGGGACUUCAUGGGGAGGCUGAGCAGAGCUCUCCGGUACUACGGGGCUAUGUUCGAGUGCUUGGAGGCCGGCAUGGGAAGAGCUUGCAAAGAGAGAGAAAGAGUCGAGAGGGUGGUGAUUGGCAGGAGAAUUGCAGGAGCUGUAAAAAACACAGAGAGAAUGGAAGAGAGAUGUAUCUGGAGAGAAGAGAUAGAGAGAGCAGGGUUUGUGGGCUUGGGGCUGAGCCAUUACGCAGUGAGCCAGGCCAGGAUGUUGCUGUGGAAUUACGAUUACAGUAGCAGUUACUCGCUCAUAGAGGCCGGGCCCGGGUUCUUGACAUUGGCCUGGAAGGAUCAGCCUCUGCUCACGGUUUCGGCGUGGCGCUGAUUUUUUAGAGAGAAGAAGCAAAUACAUGGCAUGGUUUGCUGUCUUUUUAGAGAGAGAGAGAGAGAGCACUACAUGGCUUAAGUGUGGUGAUUCUAGAGAGAGAACAGUGCAUGGCUUACUUUUGGUAACAAAGAUGGACACACCUUUUAGAGAGAGAAAGAAAAGGAAGAAGCCAAUGUCUUGGGUAAGUUACGAAUUGUACAAAUAGGUUUUUUUUUUUUAGGUGUUUUUUUUGGUGUAAAUAUUUGAUAGUUAAGAGAGGAAUGUGAUGGGGGUUGGGGUUUUGGAGUUUUAUUUUUUGGGGAUGGAUGGGAAUUUGAGUAGAAUGUCUUGGGAGAUUUAGAGAGGUGGAAAAGGAGAGGACUUUUGAUUUCCUUGUCUCUCUCCUUUUCCUUUGCAUUUUGUAGAAGAAAAUUUGAAAUAAGUUGGUGACCUCUUUUACUCUCUUCUAUUUUGUUGUUGUUGUGCAUAAAUCUGCUAUAUUUCAAUUGCCAUACUUUGGCUGAGUACUUUUUAGUGCA